UGCUAGAUUUGUCUUGGGUAUGCUUUCAAAAUUAUUAUAACUCCGGAUUAUUUUAUAAAUUUCGCAAAGGAUGAUUAAUUGAUAAUAGAAAGAAUAUUUAACUUAUCAUAUUAAUUGUGCAUUAGUAAGUAUAAAAUUUCAAAUGGUUGAAGACCUCAAGUUUAACUACCCACUUAUCACAAGUUUUUGUUUUUUGUUUUUUUUUGGUUUGGUAGAAAAUUCCUCAGAAGUUUAUUGAAUGUUUCAAAGAGGAAUUGUCAACAUGGUGUACACUAAUCGGACCAAAUGAAAGCAAAUGGAGAGUGAAGUGUUCAAGCUCAGCCGAAAAUGAAAUUCAUACGAAAUUCACAGACGGAUGGGAGAAGUUUGUCAAUGAUCAUAGAAUACAAGUUGGUGACAUUGUGGUGUUUCGUUAUGCUGGAGAUUCGUCGUUUAAAGUCUUUGUAUUCGAUGGGAAGAAUAGUUGCGAAAGGGAGGGCUCUCACUUUACGAGUAACACAUCUUCUAGCUCACACAAAUUUACUUGUACGAGCACUUUGCACUUUAACAGGGCUGAUAACAACAAUAGUCCGGGUACGAAUAUGAGUACUCCUGUUCCCGCUCCUGCUCCUACUCCUGCCCCGACUCCUAAUCCUGCUGCUGCUGCUGCUCCUGCUCCUGCUCCUGCUCCUACUCCUACUCCUGCGCCGACUCCUAUUCCUACUCCUACCCCGACUCUUAAACCUGCUGCUGCUGUUGCUGUUGGAAGUUCGCAGAAACCAAUUGAGAUUGAUGAGGAAGACCAUGAGUAUGACUCUGCUACUACUGUUGAAACAACUGAUGAGUCUGAGAACGAGUAUGUUUCAGGGAGCCGGAAAACUCCCCAACUGGUCAGAGUACACAUAUCUAAUAGGAGGGAUCCUACAGAUGAAGAAAAGAACAUAGCUGUCGAAAAGGCUACCAGAUUUAUGGAGGCUAUUGCAAGGCAGAACAAGAUUCAGAGCGCGCCUAUGUUUCAGAUAACCUUAGUGCCUUCACAUGUUACUAAACUUUUUAAACUGACAAUUCCAAAUAAAUGGGCAUUAGAGCAUAUGGUCGAAGGCACUCAAAAGGUGAGGCUGCAGGUUGGAAACCGAAGCUGGAUUGUUGGAUACAGACGUUCAGAAAUUGGGAAUCGUUAUAUUCAUCACUACCUCAAUCCAAACUGGCCGAACUUUGUGGUUGAUAAUAAUUUGGAGGUGGAUGAUGUAUGUGUGUUCGAGCUGAUUCAAAAAGGACCUUUGCCUGUCUUUAACGUCUACAUAUUUCGUGCCAUUUAUAACAUUGUUCCCUUGACAAAGUCAUGUUACAUGACUAAAGCUAAGAGAAAGAUCGAAUUACAAUAG